ACGAAAAAUAAAAGAUACACAUAGGCUGACCUCCAAUUACUCUUCAUUCUGGACUAUUGUGUGCUGCAACUAAUAACCAUGCCGUCUUGGUCCUUACGAACCACACCUUGCACUUGCAGUAAAUAUGAGUAUGACGUCUUCAUUAGUUUUCGUGGCGAAGAUACUCGCACAAGGUUUACGGACCAUCUCUGUAAGGCUUUUAAAGACAAAAGGAUUCGCGUGUAUAGAGAUGAUAGUGACCUUGAAAGAGGAAAGACGAUUUGGACAGAGCUGGUGCAGGCAAUCAAAACAUCAAGGAUUGCAGUUAUUGUAUUUUCCGAAAACUAUGCUAAUUCCAAGUGGUGCCUUGAUGAGCUCGUGGCGAUCAUGGAUUGCAAAAGUAGUACUAGUAAACGUAGGUGUAAAUGUAAACAAACUUUAACAGUGCUACCUAUUUUCUACCAUGUGUCUCCGUCUGAAGUACGAGAACAGAAGGGAAAUUUUGCAAAAGCGCUUCCGAAGGGCCCUAAGAAGAAAUGGAGGGAGGCAUUGACAGAGUCUGCAAAGUUGUCGGGCUUCCCUUUAAAAAAAGAUAGCUCAGAGUCAAAGUAUAUAGAGCAGAUUGUUGAAACCAUUUCGAAAACACUGAAUGGGGAAUCCCUUUCGGCAGCACCCGCUGGUUCUGAGAGUAAUAUUCAUAGAGAAGACUCUUCAGCAAUCACCCCCAAUAUAGUAGAUGCUUCAUUACAUCAAAAAACCACUAAAUGGAAAAGGUGUGCUUGCGCUAUUUGUGGAAUAACUGGCAUAUCAGUUUUAGAGGAAUCAACGAUAUAAUCAAACACCAAAACCAAACGUCAUCCGCCUCUUCUUAGAAUCAAAUCUCCAUACCUCCGCCUAAUUCAGUGCUGGAACCUGGGAAACAUGUCAAAGCCGCUGUGAUCGUUGUGUUGCAACUUCAAGGGUUUUUUUUUUUUUUUGUGAUUUGUUCUUUUACCUUAUUUGGAUUUCGAAAUAUUGAUGGGGUUGGGUUAGUUUUUUGGAUGUGAAUCACUUGAUUUGGUAUAGCUUUCGCUGUAUUUUGGUAUCUUGAUGUGUUUUGAUAAGAUUCCAAAGUGGUUGAGUUCAACCCCUAAACAAAAUCUGAUUGUUUAGUAUGAGAAUCUUAUUUUUUGAUCCAGCUAAUUUUGUUUGGGUUCCAAAUCAAGAUUGUUGUAUGAUGAAACUUUAUUGGGGGUUUUCUUUGUAUUUUAUGUUGGAUUGUGUGGCCAAAUAGCCCACAAUAUGGAUGUUGAAUUAUGUGUUCAAAUAA